AUUCUCAAACGUACCGUGGUUGAUGUGGGACGGCGGUGCAACUUUUAAAAACGUCCCGAAGUGUCGCUGUGACGCCUCACUUUGCUGUUGCUUUCUACGGCCAAGAUGGAUUCCGGCGGCGCAGCAAUGGAGUAUCUAUGGAAACCGUCGGCGAGACUCUCGCGGGAUUUCUCUCGCGAGAUCCAGUUCGGCCGCUUGCUCUCCGGCAGUAAGAAGAUGGCGGGUCGCGGUGGGUUCCAGGCGGCGGUGACGGGCGGGAGUGGUGUUGGACCUGGAUCGGGGCCGCAAGGACCGGGACCGGCGCUAGGGAUGGGACCGGGGACUCCCACCGGCAGGAUGGGGCCCGCGCCGGGGGCUCAGAACCCCCUUUAUCGCUCCCCGAUGGCGGGGCCUGGGUACCCGCGUCCUGGGAUGCCCCCUGGCAGCAGGAUGACCCCCCAGGGCCCUUCCAUGGGCCCCCCUGGCUAUGGAGCCAGUCCCGUGUCCCGGCCCGGAAUGCCAGUGAUGGAUCAGUCCCGGAAGAGACCAGCUCCACAGCAGCUCCAGCAAGUACAGCAGGCAGCGCAGAACCGCAACCAACAUGCAAAGAAGAAGAAGAUGGCUGAUAAAGUUCUACCUCAGAGGAUCAGAGAGCUAGUCCCAGAAUCCCAGGCCUACAUGGAUCUCCUUGCCUUCGAGAGGAAGCUGGACCAAACCAUCAUGCGCAAGAGACUGGACAUCCAGGAGGCCCUCAAACGCCCCAUCAAGCAAAAGAGAAAGCUGCGGAUCUUCAUCUCGAACACGUUUAACCCCGCGAAGGCUGACGCUGAGGACGGGGAGGGGACGGUGGCCUCCUGGGAGCUACGUGUGGAGGGGCGCCUCCUGGAGGAUACGGCCAUAUCGAAGUACGAUGCCACCAAGCAGAAGCGGAAAUUCUCCUCCUUCUUCAAGUCUCUGGUGAUCGAGCUGGACAAGGAUCUGUACGGGCCAGACAACCAUCUGGUCGAGUGGCACAGGACUGCCACGACUCAGGAGACGGAUGGAUUUCAGGUGAAGAGACCGGGAGACGUGGGUGUGCGGUGCACUGUGCUGCUGAUGCUUGACUACCAGCCCCCCCAGUUCAAGCUGGACCCCCGACUGGCUCGCAUGUUGGGAAUCCACACGCAGACCCGGCCCGUCAUCAUCCAGGCCCUGUGGCAGUACGUGAAAACACACAAACUGCAGGACCCCCACGAGAGGGAGUUCAUCAACUGCGACAAGUACCUCCAGCAGAUUUUCGAGACCCAGAGGAUGAAGUUCUCCGAGAUCCCCCAGCGGCUGCACGCCCUCCUCAUGCCUCCGGAGCCAAUCAUCAUCAACCAUGUGAUCAGUGUUGACCCCAAUGACCAGAAGAAGACAGCCUGCUACGAUAUCGAUGUGGAGGUGGACGACACUCUGAAGACUCAGAUGAACUCGUUCCUGCUGUCCACUGCCAGCCAGCAGGAGAUCGCAGCGCUGGACAACAAGAUCCACGAGACAAUAGAGACCAUCAACCAGCUGAAAACACAGAGGGAGUUCAUGCUGAGCUUUGCCCGAGACCCUCAGGGAUUCAUCAACGACUGGCUGCAGUCCCAGUGCCGAGAUCUCAAGACCAUGACUGACGUCGUGGGGAAUCCCGAGGAGGAACGUCGGGCUGAGUUCUACUUCCAGCCCUGGGCUCAGGAGGCCGUCUGCAGAUACUUCUACUCCAAGGUCCAGCAGAGGAGGCAGGAGCUGGAGCAAGCUCUGGGCAUCAGGAACACAUAGAGGCGGGCAGAGACGCUGGGAGACAGGGGGAGGGCUGUCCCAUUUCAGGCUGUAACCCUGAGCGCUGGGGCUGGGGAGUGGGUGGGACCUUCAGCUUGUAAAUACAGCUGGUUCAACUCUCAUUAAUAUCCUGUUAGUCUCACACACUACUUUCCCUCUGUGGAAUCCAUCCUGUUCCUUACCCACAAUGUUUUGAAUCUCCUGCACCCCCCUUUCUCCUCUCCAUGUGGUUUUUAUCUUGUACGCCACUUUUACACACCUGAUUGUGACAGACGAGGGAAUGGGAGAGUAGGUCAGUAGUUCGGUUUAUGUCCUGUCCUUGCGUGUGUGUCUGCAGUGGUUCCUCAGCCUUGGGUUUACUGGGGGACUAGCUGUUAUGUGAGGGGUGCAGGCUGGUAAGUUUGGGAGGGGGGGCAGGGAACAUGUCCAGUAUAAAUUUAAGAUCAAUCGUGUGAGUAAUAUCCUGUGAUAGAGUCUAGGAUGCGGUGGUAGAGCUCUGCAUAUUAAAUUUAGUUUUGGAUUCCUUUUUUUUUUUUAUGAAUCUAUAAGAGAAAUUACAAAAAAAUACAAAGUAGAAAAUUCCCUUUUAGUUCACAUGUUUAGAUGAAGCGUCAGUUCUGCAAACGCACACACAUUGUAAUCUUAAGGUUGAAAGACAGUGUCCUGGGUGUAUGGAAGGUGCAGAUGUGAGCUGUUUUAAUUAUGGACCAAAAAUCUUUUUUUUUUUUUUUUUUUUUUCAUGUUUUCAACUUUGUACUAGCUGUAUGUGUUACCCAAGUUUUAAUAAAGAAAUUCUUCAGUAUGA